AUGGACAAAAGUCAAAGAAUUGUCAUUGUUGGAGCCGGCGUCUUCGGCCUCGGGGCAGCCCUGCGAUUUAAAGAAGAGGGUUAUACUUCAGUCACAGUCCUCGAUCGCUCCAUGCCACCUGUCCCGGAUGGUUCAAGCAACGAUAUCUCUCGCAUCAUUCGAUUCGACUAUGGUGAUGCCAUCUACGCAGAAAUCGCCAAAGAGGCAUACGACUUGUGGAAGACCCCAGAGUUCAAUGAUGCAUUUUACUCCACACCCUGUCUCUGGGUAUGCCAGGAGGGUACUGCCGACCAGCCCGUUCAAUCACGAGCGCAAGAAUAUAGCACAAAGACUAAGCGCGUCCUCACUGAGAUGGGGCAACCAUGGCAUGCUGUGACGAGCGUGGAGGCAGCGAAGAAGAGAUUUCCUGAACUCACGGGACGCUUGGCCACGCCCGGUUUUGAUGGAUUCUACAAUACCAACGCAGGCUGGGCUGAUGCUGGCAAGGCUAUCGCUCGUCUCGCUGCCCGCUGUAUCCAUGCUGGAGUGUCAUUCAUGACCGGUCCCAACGGCCAUGUCACCGAUUUCGAGAAGAAUGCCGAUGGCAGCAUCAAGUAUGUUUGCACCGCUGAUGGCAACACGGUGGAAGGCGAUAAAUUCAUCGUGGCCACAGGUGCAUGGACUCCCAGUUUGGUGCCGGCGUGGAACUCGAUGCUCGCAGCCGGUCAGAUUGUCGGUUAUCUUCGACUGACUGCUGAAGAAGCUGUCCAACUUAAGAAGAUGCCUAUUUAUUUCAAUUUCUCGACUGGAUUCUUCUGUUUCCCGCCACAUGAUGGCACUGGCUAUUUGAAGGUAGCCGUUCAUGGCUUUGGAUACACCCGAAAUAAUGAGAAAGCGAAUGUGUCGUCGCCUCCCACAAAUUCCGUUGCUGCGCGAGCCAACUUUGUCCCGUCAGAGGGGCUGAAGAGGAUGGAAGCCGGUCUGCAAGAUCUCUUCCCCCAUCUUGCAUCGCGCGGCUUCGAGAGAACUGGAAUCUGCUGGUACAACGAUACACCUACCGGUGACUUCAUCCUGGAUUACCAUCCCGAGCACAAGAAUCUUUUCAUCGCCACAGGUGGAAGUGGGCACGCAUUCAAAUUCCUCCCCGUGAUCGGAAAGUACAUCGUGGGGAGCUUCGAGCGUAAACUCUCACAGAAUCUUCUCGAUAAGUGGAAGUUUCCCACGCAAUUCCGCGAGCGUUUCCAGGGAGACGUUUUUGGUGGAGAUGGAAGUCGUGGUGGCCCCGAGCGCCGCGAGUUGACUUCUAACGAGCGACACACUUUCGACUCGGCUUUAGUAGCUUCUGUCAGACAGAGCAAGAUCUAA